AAUUCAAAAUCGAAAUCGAAAACACAAGAGAAGCGUUGCCCGGCUGAUUGCCCCUUUUUCGAAUUUUGCGGUUAGGGUUUUGGUGAGUGUGAGAUUGAGAUAGAGGGUUUUGCCUUUUCAAAUUUUCUUCUGCAGAUUCUCUUCUUCAGGAUCGUGAAUUAUCCGUGCCCAAUCUGGAUCUGUGCGCUUCUCCGCAUUGAUUUACCGGCGGCUUGUUUUUCAAUCGAGUUUUUCCACUGUUGCUGUUGUUACUACAGGGGAUUUAUGGUAUCGAGAUUCGGAGCGCGGGGGUUGUAAGUGGAGCCAUUGGCUGAAUUGGAGUGCUAUUUGUGUUGUCCCCUGAAUGCGCGGUGAAAAUGGAGGCCAUACUUACAGAAUGUGUGCGGAACAGCCUGGAGCACCUUCUGUAUCGAAAUGCCAUUUUCAUGUGCGAGCGCCUCUGCGCUGAGUUCCCUUCCGAGAAAAAUUUGCAGCUGCUCGCCAGCUGUUACUUGCGAAACAACCAGGCUCACUGCGCUUAUUACAUUUUAAAAGGAAAACAAGCAGCCCCAUGCCGCUACUUGUUUGCACUGUCUUGCUUUCAAAUGGAUCUAUUGAAUGAAGCAGAAGCAGCAUUAUCUUCUACUGACGUUCCAAAUGGUGCUGCUGGGCAUUACCUUCUUGGCCUUGUAUACAGGUAUACAGAUAGAAGGCAAAGAGCUAUCAAUCACUUCAAUCAAGCAUUAUCACUGGAUCCAUUACUUUGGGCUGCUUAUGAGGAACUCUGUAUAUUAGGUGCUGCUGAAGAAGCUUCUUCGGUAUUUGAUAAAGGAGCUUCUCUCUGCAUUCAGAAGCAAUAUCUAAAUCAUGGCUCAGGCACCCAGAGUCUGCAGACACCAAAUGAGGAUCAUGAUGGUGCUUCAAGCAGAACUUUAGGGUCAGAAGAUAUUAGUCCUAGGAAAUUAAAACAAAUGCAUGGAAAUAAUCUACGAGACAUAUCUGGAAACUAUCAUGGAACAACAAAUCAGCCAGUGACUGGUGUUCCAAUUGGCUUGCCAUUUUAUAGCACUCCUUCCCCAGUGACUACACAAGCACAGUUGUCUGGAGUUGCUCCACCUCCUUUAUGUCGAAAUGUGCAACCAAAUGGUCCAAACUUGAGAACAUAUGGAGCUGAUAGCACCCCACGAGCAACUGUGAACUCAAACAUUGCAGGACCCAGAAGAAAGUUUGUUGAUGAGGGAAAACUAAGAAAGGUAUCUGAGAGGCUAUUUUCUGAUUCUGGCCAGAGACGAAGCACACGACUUGCGGGUGAAUCAGUCAAUACAAACUCCAGUACAUCCAUAGUUUCUGGUAAUGGAACGAACCCAUCUUCUAAAUAUGUAGGGGGUCCUAAAUCAAGCUCUGUCACUACACGCUCUUUGACAAUCCGGAAAGGUCAGUCCUGGGCAAGCGACGCUACAUAUGAAGGUGCUCGUCACGACAUGGAUGAUGAGUCUAGAUUAAAUGCCACCACGUCAAGCUCAUCCCCACAUGGUGAUAAUAGAGCUGGACCAGAAGGAGAUGCCAGGUCCUCAGUUGCAGCUGUUCCAUGUAACUCAAAAGUCAUAGAUGGUGCUUCGGAUAUAUUAGCUCUAUUAAGGCUUCUUGGUGAAGGUUUCAGACUUUCCUGUCUUUGUAGAUGUCAGGAUGCACUGGAUACCUAUACCAAACUUCCACCAAAACACUAUAACACUGGAUGGGUGCUUUCUCAGGUUGGGAAAGCAUACUUUGAACUGGUUGAUUAUCUUGAAGCUGAUCAUGCCUUCACGCGUGCUCGUCAUUUCACUCCAUACAGUGUGGAAGGAAUGGAUAUAUACUCUACAGUUUUAUAUCAUUUGAAGGAAGACAUGAAGUUGAGUUACUUGGCUCAGGAGCUGAUAUAUACGGAUCGUUUAGCUCCUCAAACAUGGUGUGCGAUGGGAAAUUGCUACGGCUUACAGAAAGACCACGAAACUGCUCUAAAGAAUUUCCAGCGAGCUGUGCAAUUAAAUUCAAGAUUCGCAUAUGCUCACACCUUAUGCGGUCAUGAAUACGUGGCCCUGGAGGAUUUUGAAAACGGUAUCAAGAGCUACCAGAGUGCACUCCGGAUAGAUCCAAGACACUAUAAUGCCUGGUAUGGCCUCGGCAUGAUAUAUCUCCGGCAAGAAAAGUUCCAGUUCUCUGAGCAUAAUUUCCGGGUGGCUUUCCAAAUCAAUCCCUUUUCCUCUGUCAUAAUGUCGUAUCUCGGAACUGCGCUGCAUGAAUUGAGGAGAAACAGCGAAGCUCUGGAGAUGAUGGAUAGGGCUAUUUUGGCCGACAGGAAGAACCCUUUCCCACUGUAUCAAAAGGCGAACAUCCUGGCGAGCAUGGAAAAUCUCGACGGCGCGCUGGCCGUGUUGGAGGAGCUGAAAGAGUCGGCGCCGCGGGAGAGCAGUAUCUAUGCGUUGAUGGGCCGCAUUUACAAGCGCAAAAAUAUGCACGGCAAGGCCAUGCUCCACUUCGGGCAAGCUCUCGACCUGAAGCCGUCGGCAACUGAUGUUGCGUCUAUUAAGGCUGCUAUCGAAAAGUUACAUGUGCCCGAUGAGCUAGACGACGAAGAGUGUUGAAUUAAAUUUUAUAAUAACAUCGAACGAUUGAUCAAAUUUGGUGAAGCUGCCUACGCCUGUGGCGGGCAGUUGGUUCCGCUCGGAUUUGUCUGUGUCCCGGGCGGGCAAAUGAUCGGCAUGUCGGUUGCUGUUGUUUGAGUUUUUGGGUUGCAGAGGACGAACAAAUAAUAAGAGAUGAGAUGACAUGAAACGGAGCGUUGUAAGAAAGGUUAGAGAAGAAUUAGAGAUCAUUCAACAAAUCAAGAACUCAUUGUCUGUAUGUAUAUCUUCUUGAUCUUUCGUCUAAUUGGAAUUAUUAUAUCUUCACAUAGAGAGAUUCAUGUAAUCAAAUCAUGUAUUUCUUUUU